CUUUAUCAUGGGCUUUCAAGCAAUCAUGGUUCUCUAUAAAAGUCACUUUCUCCUCUAGUAUCGUGUGUCAGAACGAAAAUGAAGUUUUGGGGCUGGAUACAUCAUAAGUCACGGGAGAACAGCAAAGAGCUAUUGAAAGAUGCUACAACUGGUAACAGUCUUUUCCCCCUCUCAGCUCAUCCGUCCCUUGAAAGCCAAGAUGUUUACGCUGGAGCAAGUGCUGGCCCCAGAUACAGCAAACAAUUUAAUCUGUUACAGGAAAGCUCCUUCGCAGGACUCAGUGAAGCGAGAAACAGUGAUUUUUUUCAUGGCUUUCUUGCCAUUGGAACCCUCGGUGGAGAAACAUUUCUGGAUGAACCAGCAACACCAACAUUUGGCAUGUCAUCUGGGGAACCAGCAACAGAUAAUGCAGAAGUGACAGAGAAUGAUCUGAAGCUCAUUAGCAAUGAAUUGGAGAAGUUCCUUGAGGCUGAAGCUAAAGAAGGGCACAACCAACCAUCAGGAAGGAACAGCGACACUAAUACUAUUGCAUCUACCAUUGAGGCCGCUGAGGGAGUAGAUGCCGAAGAAGAUGAUCAGCCAAUGAAGUUUCCGCUCCAAGAGUAUCUUUUUGGCUCUCAAAUCGAAUCAUCAGAAACAAAGGUUGCAGGGAAGAAGGAACGGGCAUCACUUGGAGAACUGUUUCAGGCAACAGAGGUGCAAGAUAAGCAUUCAGAAAACAAGUAUGAGGAGGAAAAGAAGAAAGCCAGUUCAACUCACAAGUCUGCAAAGCAUUUUGUGAAGAAGGUACUUAAAAAGCUUCACCUAUCCUCCAGGAGCCCUGACAGUGGUAAAACUGAAGUAGCUUCCACCAAGAAGAAGUUCCAAAAGAUAGCACAAGUUUUCCAUAGGAAAGUAUAUCCAGAAGACUCCAUAAUGGAAAGCAAAAUAUACAGCAGCAUGACAGAACCAAAAAACAGCAAAGCAAAUUCUACUGGACUAAUGUCCGAGAAGGUGAGACCAUGUCACAAGACAAGUAAAAGAUGGAUCCAAUAUGAGCUAAGAAAUUCACAUUCAUCUGGAAAAGGAGAACACUGGAUCAAAACAGACGAAGACUGUAAGUGCACCUUCAUACUACUGAUAUAUUCAUAAGCCCAUUUAUUUCAAAGCAAGAAUGUGAUUCUGGAUCUUUACUUAUACAAAAAAAAUUUAUACAAUGCCAUUUAGGCAUGCACUAGUUUUCUGCUUGUGGUCGAACCAGAUAAUAAUCCAACAUUGCUUUGCAGACUUCGUGUUGGAGCUGUAAGGGAUGAGAAGAAACGCAAAUUAAAAAGUGCGAGUGUGUUAUGUCAGUUCAUGCAUGUGUGAAUCGUGUGGUGUGAUUAUGUAAAAUGUGUUCAAAACUUAGCGGGAAUGUUCGUUAUGCCCUUCUAUGUAAUAAUAAAUAUUCACCGGGUUUUAUAAUUGCAGCAAGAUAUCUCAUAUC